UUGUCGUUCGUGCCAGGCUCUCAAAGAUAAAAACGGCCUAUUUUAUUUUAACUGGUGUUAAUCUAAGUGCUCGUUAUAUAUUAGCCAUACGUUAUUUAACAGUUAUUCAAUACAAGUAUUUGUAUAAAGUACAUAAAUAUAUAUAUUUGAUUAAUAAUUUACAGUUCACCCGAAAAUUUACAUCAUUACUAAAACGAAACAAGAUAUCGAAAGCGAAACUGGAAAACACAAGAAAGAGAGAGUUUGGCAGCUUAUAAAUCGGUCAAUCAUGUUGCGAAAAAGAAACAAGUAGAAGAACUAUGAUCCCAUGGAUAGCGGCUCAGGUUCCUCAUUUACCAGCAUGAGUUUUCAAGUGAGUGUGUAUGGGCCUGAUAGGGAAUGCAUGAAGAUUGAUGUCAACACUUCUGACACAUAUGAAGAAGUAUGUGAAGCAGUUGCGGAAAGGUUAGACAUUCCACCUGUUAUGUUUAACUGCUGUGGACUGUGUGUCUUGGAUGGAGAACAGAAACGAUUCCUUUGGUUGCCUCCAACUAAAAAUGACAUUCAUUCACGCAACGAUGUGUAUUUUCGAAUAAGAUUCCUUCCAUAUGAAGCUUAUAUUGAUGUUUUGGAAAGAAAAUAUUCACCGUGCUUUCAGUAUUUGUUCUAUCAGGUAAAAUGGGAUUUUUUGCAUGAAUGUUUGAGUUAUUACAGAGAUCACAACAAAGCUAGUGAAGCCAGAGGGGCAGGUACUUUUUUGUUGGCGACGAGUGUCAGAAUCUGGGCAAAGGAAAACAAUCAAGAAGAAAACUGCAAAGAGUUCUUAGAACAGUAUGAUCUAAAAAUGUUUUUACCUAAAUGUGUUCUGAAAAGUUUUUUUGAUAGAAUAAUGGUAAAGUCUCCCCUCAUAGAAAAGGCAAAUGAGUUGCUAAAAGACAAACAGUUACACCCUGCAGAAACCUUCAAGAAGUAUUUUGUUAAAGACAUUAUAUCAAAAAGUAACAAGUUCUACAGUAUAGAAGAAUACAGAUGCUGGAAAUUGAAUUUUGAAUACAAGGAAGUGAAAGAAAAUGACACAUCUGGAAAACCCCAAACACCCCAGCUUCAAAACUCAGAAAAAGAAGAGGUUCUACUGAAAACAGAGUUUAAAGGAUUUAAUUCGCAGAUUACUUUUGCGACUAAGAUUCCAUGCAGGAUAGAGACAGUACUUAAAGUAGAGUAUGACAUAUUGGACUUGGAGGGUAUUGCAUGGUACAAAGUCACAAUUUUAGCCCAGGGUGUUCAAGAGGAAGUGUUCUUCCAAGACAAGCUGGAGAUGUAUUCAUUCCUGACAGCUGUUGAGAAGUGCUACUGUCUAUUCGUUGACUUCUAUGGAAAUAUAUGUCAUAGUGUACGCUCACCAACAACUUCUGAUGUUCGCUCACCGACAACCUCUGAUGUACGCUCACCGACAACCUCUGAUGUACGCUCACCGACAACAUCUGAUGUACGCUCACCGACAACCUCUGAUGUACGCUCACAAGCAACUUUAAAGUUACACCGACUGAGAGUGCAUGGGCCUGUUUCAAAAGAUUUUUUGAAGAAGAAACUGGAGAAUUAUCCGGAUUGUAGGCAGAGAUAUGCAAUAAGAAUGAGCUUGGACAAGUACGGUUCCUAUGAUGUUUUUUACCUGAAGAAUCAAGGAGAUAAGCUGUAUGGGUGGUCAACUGGCAAGGUUCUUCAGACUAAAGAUGGCUGCACAUUCGAAGACUCAAAUAUUGCAGCUGUGACCGACUUGAAAACAUUAUUUAAACAAUAUAUCAGCUCUCUAAAAUCUAUUCCAAGCGACUGCACACGGAUUAAACCGCAACAGUUUGAAGGUUGUGACGAAAUUAAGAGAUACCUGUUGGAUAUGAUGCAGCUUCAGAACAGUGAGGCAAUCGAAGAUGAUGAGCAGACUCGUAGGCGGCUAGAACAUGCCCCCAAAGUGUACCUGAGGAAUCAGGUUGUUAUAGGAGAUGAGAUAGAGAUUGGCUAUUUUACUGAGGUGAAGAGGGCUUUACUGAAUGAAGAACAGGUGAUAGUGAAGAUGUUAAAACAACUUCCUGCUAUAAAACAGAACCAUCAGGAGUUGCAAGAAGCACUGAUGGAAAGUGUGAGCAAGCUUAUGGAAUGGGACUCAGCCAAGUUCUUUGUGGGUUUUCUUGGUAUUUGCCUUAUGCCAGAGCCCAGCAUCCUGCUGAGUGGAACCAUUUUCUGCAGCCUGAAGCAGUUACUUUUGUCAGAAAGAACUGACAUGCCUCAACUGAAGCUCGAGCAUUUGAUGCAGGUCCCUGUUUUCCUUGUGGACGCACUCAUUUACAUGGAGAAGAAGAAAUGUUACCAUGGCAACAUCAACUGUGAUAAACUUGUUGUGGAGAGAUUUGAUAACAUGGUACUGAAGCUUACUGACCCUGGAAUGGUUACCAUUAGAAACAAGCUGCCAUUAGAUCAUGCCCUAAAUGUGGAAAGGUUGCCAUGGCUGGCUCCAGAGCGAAUUAAGCAUCUCUCCCAUGUCACAGUGCAAUCUGAGGUCUGGGCCAUCGGUACAACACUGUGGCAGAUGUUUUCUGGUGCAAGGAACCCGAGUGCUGAAAUUCAGGAUAGGCUGGGCAAGGCAAGGUCUACUACUUUGUCAGAUUGUGAGGUGGUACAGUUUUUCCAAGACAACAAGGGUUUUAGUUGCCCCAAAUAUUUGAAGCCAGAGCCUGGUGACCCAAAUCCGGUUUUGGUUAUGAAGGACAAGUUUUACCAAGCCAUACUUCCUUGCUGGACGAUAGAUAGUGAGGACAGACCAAACCCUACCAUGCUGCUGAGAACCUUUAAUGAAAUCUGCCAGAGCUAUGGUUCUAAUAACCACAUAAACAGCAGCCUGGACUACACUGAAGUCGAUGUUGAACAAAGGGUGUCUGAGAGUAGUGGAAGUAAAAAGAGGGAUGUUCCAGACAUUUCUGCUCUUACUGGCCAUGUAUCCGAAAAUCACUCGUUGCUGCUGCAUUCCCAAUUGGUGGCAGAAAGCCCUCCAAAUGAAGCAGCAGGUAGUGAGCUGGCCCCUGCAGUCCUCUCCCAGAAACAAUCAGAGAACAGGGUUAUCCAUUGGAAACAAACGUCUUGUGACCUUGGAACAUUGCCUGAGGUUCCCAGGCAACGGCAUACAAUACUGCCCACACAGUUGGUGGUAGAUAUAAAAAAAGAACUGGGAAAAGGCGAAUAUGGAGCAGUGUACGAAGCAAAGUUGAGAAAAGGAAGCAAUGUUAUAGAUGUUGUAGCUAAAUUCUUGAAGUCUGAUAGUCCUAAUGACAAGGAUAGGGCAGAGUUUGAGAAGGAGGCUAGCGUCAUGGAACUAUUAGAGCAUGAAAACAUCGUCAAGUUUUAUGGCACCUGUUAUAUGGAUAUGGGAUUCUGUCUUGUGAUGGAAUACAUCCCAAAGAGGUCUUUGAAGGAGUACUUUAGAUCGAAACCAGACAUACCGAAGUGUCAGAUCUUUCAGUUUGCAAUUGACAUAGCUUCCGGCAUGGAGUACCUGGAGUCUAUGAAAGUCCUGCACUGUGAUCUGGCAGCUAGGAAUGUGCUGCUCACCUCUGAACUGCGCGCCAAGGUCUGCGAUUUUGGACUGUCUAAGAUGCUGGAGAAGGACUACUAUAGACUGCGCACAGAAAAGAAAAUACCGUUGUACUGGUCAGCCCUCGAAUGCAUUACAAAAAACAGAGUCUCUCAUAAGUCUGAUGUGUGGAGUUUUGGGGUUGUUAUGUGGGAAAUGUUCAGUAACGGAAGUGUUCCCAACAUGAACUGUGAUGAUACAAACGAAUUUGUGAGAAAGUUAGUGCUUGGGGAGAGAUUGAAGAAACCAAAGGCUUGCUCAGAUGUUAUCUACAAUUUUAUGAAUGAUUGUUGGAAUAAAGAUCCCUCAAAGCGACCGACUUUCUCCCAGUGCAGAGAAAAGUUCAUACAGUCACUUAUGUCACAGAAAUGUGAUCAUGACAAUCACCGCAGUUUUCUGGCAAGCUGUACCACAAAUAGGGGAUGGCGCAGUGAAUUUCUUGCUAACGGAAUUGGACAUUGGACAGCGGUUGAGGGGCUGCAUCAGCAGACCAAAGCUGCUGUGACAGCAGUCACCCCUGACCUGUCCACCAGUGAUAACAUGACAAACACAAACAGAAACAGUCUGGUCCUCAGUGAGACAUCUUUGAAGAUAUUUUGGGACAGUGACAGUAUUAUUGGCAAGGGUGCAUUUGGAGAUAUCUUCGUGGGAAGGUUUGAACACAGAAAUGUACAUGUAGCUGUAAAGAAGUGCUGAAAUGCAAGUGAAUACCCCAGAUUCCAGCGAGAGUUUGAAUUACUGCACAAGCUCAAGUGUAAACAACAUCAUCCAAAUAUUGUAGAAUUCAUUGGCUUGUACAACUUAAAAGACACAACUAUAUGCUAUGCAUAUGUGAUGGAAUAUGCAGAGAAUCAAUCCCUGGUUAAGUACUUGCAGAAUCAGCCAGUGCCAGUGACGGUACAUCAGAAGCUCAAACUUCUCAAGGAUGCUGCUCAUGGAAUGCAGUUCCUCUUUGAGAAUAACAUCAUACACUGUGAUCUGACGGCAGAAAACAUUCUAGUAAAAGCUGACCUUACUGCACUCAUAUCUGACUUUGGUUGGGCCAAGGAGCUGGACACUGAUGUAGAAGACUUCACAUACAUGCGCUCCAACCGCAAGACUAAGAUUUUGUGGUCAGCCCCAGAGGUCUUGCUGUCCAAGUAUUCAAGGUAUACUGACAAUUGGAGUUACGGUGUUGUUUGCUGCGAGGUAUUCCUUGAUGGAAAGCAGCCUGGGUUUGAUGACUUGGCCCCUGGAGAUAAAGAUGAAGCUGAGAUCUACUGGCAGAAAAUCAAACAAGGAGAGAGAUUUUCAUGCCCAGAAUUGUGUCCGAAGGAAAUUUAUGAUAGUGUCGUGUUAAGGUGCUGGGAAAAAGAGUUUAUGAAGCGGAUUUAUUUCCAUGAUAUUGUUACCUACAUUGGAUCAUGGUUGGAAAAUCAUCCGUCCUAGUUCCUGCUGGAUAAUGCUCAAAGGAUUAUCUGAACAGUCAAAAAUCAAGUUUCAGAUUUGUGAUUCUUUUUAAAUUGUUUCAAGUCUGUUUGCAACACAUUAUUAGAUCUUUGUUGCUGGAUUCUUAUUUCCAGAUUUUAAAAAUGAAAUUUUCAAGAUCAUUUGACUCGUUUAAAUGAAAAAACUAGAAGUUAGAUUUUAAUUUUCAUAUCUCAAAUGGCAUACAGCCUUUAGGUGAGUUUGUAGAUGAUUUUAUAAGAGACUUAUACGUGUUAUAUUGUUUGUACAGUAUUAACUGAUGUCUUCAAGUAUUAUUCAAAUCACAUAACAGUGCAGAAAUAAGCUAUAUCUGAGUGAACAUAUGUUUUUAUUAUAGCUUAAAUAGUCUAGUCUUAAUGUGAUGUUUAUUUUGAUUCUACUUAUUCUCUUGCAAUAUCAUUUAUGAAGUAUCACCUUGGGCAACAGUUUUGACUUCCCCAAGGACACAUGUGCUGACAGUGUAAUAAUUUUUAAUAACGCAAUACAUUAAAUGUGUGACUUACGUGUGCACGAUAGAUAGA